AUGAUGGACAUGGAUAAUGCAGGUAAUAUGCUUCAAGAUGAUUCCAACAAAAGACAACACCAUCUGAAUAGCAAGGAAUGGCCUGCUGCUGCAGCUAAGAGUUUCAUUAUAUGUGUCAAGACUGAGUUGUUUGAAUGGCUUCACUGCAGGUUGCAGGGGUUUGGUUCACGUGUGCUGCAGCAAGAUAUUAGAUGGAAGUCGAAGAACAUUGCUAAAGUUCAGGGACUUAGCAAAAUUUUGAGUAUUCUGGUCAAUUAUCGCCAGAUUGAGUACUAUGAUAUGUUGGCUAAGGUUGGAGUUUAUCAUUAUAAUGGAAACAAUGUCGACUUGAGUACUACAUGUGGAAAGUACUAUAGAGAGUGUUGUCUCAGCAUCAUCAAUCUUGGUGAUUUUGACAUAAUUGAGUCAAUUCCUGGUGACUAG